AUAAUGGACAUGGAUAAAGAAGUUCCUGAAGAAACACCCGAAUCAUGUAUGGCUUCUCAAAGUGAGACAAUUUUGGGUAAUCAGCAGUAUAUGUCAGAAAUAAAUACUGAUAAUCAAAGUAGAAUAUCAGAUAAAAGUCACUGUAGUGAUACCAUGGAGGAAGAAACUGCAUCUGCUGAUGAUACAAAUGUAUAUAAUGGUUCUACCAUUGAAGAAUGUGUUAUGGGGUCUAACACAGACAGUAUUGUAGCUACAGAUGAUUUAAGGCAAUUUGAUGUCCUGGAUGAUUUAGAACGUCAUCCAGAUCAGAUCUGCUCUGAUAUGGAUUCAGAUACCAAUGAAAGUAUGGAUUCCGAUGUACCUGAUGAAGAAAUUGAAGCCAUGCUUGAAGAAGGUUUACCAGAAGAAUUUAAAGGCAAAAGAAAAGACAAGAAGGAUAGUGUACCAUAUGAAGAGAAAGAAAAACUUGUUUUGGAUGAAAGAGAAAAAGUAAUAUAUUUAAUAGUACAAGUAACACAUAAUAGUGGAAUGCCUUUGUAUUUACAUAAACAAAGUAGAGUUUGUACUCUUGCAAAACCAUAUUUCCUUGGACCUGGCAGUGUGAGAAAACAUGAAGUGCCUGUUAGUGCAAUACCUUGCCUUCAAUAUAAAAGAGCUCUUUGUGAAGAAGAAGAAGAAAGAAAAAAACAGAAGGAGCGUGAUCCAAACACAGAAGUUUGUAACCUUCCUAGUGCAAAAAUCGAAACAAUUCAAGAAAAUCGAGCAGCCCAUUCAUUAGAUAGUGAACAACUAAGAAAUUAUUGUCAAUCACUAUUUCGUUUUAAAGCUAUUAAAGUAAUGAGAUUUCAAUCAUGGUCAGCAAGAAGAAAAUUUACAAAAAAUAAAAAACAUCGUAAGCAGCUUGAACGACCUACUUUACCUGAUGGAACAAAAUUAAUAACAUUUCCAGUUAGUAGUUCUGGUCUAGCAGGAAGUAGUGGUAGUAAUACUGGAGAUGAUAGCAGUGGACAAAGACCGCCAAAACAUUGGAUAAUGAAUCCCUCAGGCAAAAGUUAUGUUUGCAUACUUCAUGAAUAUGUACAGCAUGCACUUAAAAAACAACCAACCUAUAAAUUUAAAGAAUUAGAAAAUGCUGCAACACCAUACUCUGCUGUUGUUUGUAUUAAUGAUAUGGAGUAUGGAAGUGGUUUUGGUAGUAGCAAAAAACAAGCAAAAGCUAAUGCUGCUCGAAAAACCCUUGAAAUUUUAAUUCCUCAAAUGAGAGAUAAAAUUUCUGGUGAUAAUGGUGGAGAUACAGCUUCUGGUAAUAACAGUCGAAUGAUUAAAGCAUCCAGAGCAAAUUCUGAUGCUGAUUUAUCUUUCUUCGAUGAAAUAUCGAUUACUGAUCCGAGAGUCGCAGAAUUUUGUGCAAAAACAACUGAACCAUCGCCGCAUGCUAUUUUAAUUACUUGCCUUCAACGAAAUUAUGGUCUGGGUGAUAUGCACAUUAACUAUUCUGUAAACACAUUAAAACAUCAACGUAAUGAAUUCACAAUGCGUGUUGGGAAACAUGAAGCUACUGUUGUAUGUCGUAAUAAAAAAGAUGGUAAACAACGAGCAGCGCAAGCAAUUCUGCAACUUAUGCAUCCUCAUAUUCAAUCUUGGGGUUCUUUACUAAGACUGUAUGGAUCUCGAAGUGUAAAAUCUUUUAAAGAAAAGAAACAACUAGAACAAGAAAUCACGUUGUUACAAGGUAAAGCUGCGGUCAAUCAACCAAAUCAUGCAAUUCUAAGUAAACUUAGACAAGAAAUGCGUAAAUUGGCUGAACAAAGGCAAGCGAUACAACCCAUUGGUAAGUUUGUACCGCCGGAUUUGCCAACUGGAUCUGCAGCUAACUUGAACAACGUAGAUUUAUAA